CAAGCAUCUUUGCAAUGUUCGGACUUGCCCAGAUGGGUAUCAAAUAGGCAGUGAGAUGCAAUCCUUCGCGGUCUGAUUUGCCGCGCCUAGGACUAAUAACAGUAACACCGCAACAAAAGCAUCCUAUACAUUGAGUAGUAUGAAGAACGUGAUGUCAUACUGAGAGGAUGGUUGAGGUUUAUCUUGAGUCAUAGGUUCUUCGAGCGCUGCAGAUACAGCUUAGGUAAACUGAACAUGGUCCAGUUCAACGGGCCGCACGGCAAGAUCAGUGACGACUACUUGCGCAAUGCGCGUCUCAAUCCACCAACAGAGCCCACCCAGACGUUCGAGGGAAAGACAGUGCUUGUUACGGGAUGUAAUACAGGUGUAGGUUACGAAGCUGCCCUGAGGAUCGCUGCCUCGGGGUGCAAUAAGUUGAUUCUAGGCACUCGCACGGUUGCCAAAGGAGAGGCAACCAAGAGCAAGAUUCUUGGCCAGGUCUCAUCGCUGGAAAGUCAUAGCAUCGAGGUCUUCGCGGUCGAGUACACUUCUUUUCUGUCAGUCAAUAAGUUCGUCGCGGCGGUCAAGCGGUCUACGCAGACCCUAGAUUGCGCGAUCUUGAGCGCCGGUGUGGUCUUCCCUGAACAGCAACUCGGCGAGGAUGGUUGGGAUACCGCGAUCAAGGUCAACGUGCUCUCGACCGCGUUGCUCGCCAUCGAGCUGCUUCCACUCCUCAAAGCGACGCCCAGCAGCGUGUUAGAGUUCGUCAGCUCCGUAUCGUAUUGCAACGUGACGAGCGAAGACCUCGCCGCCAUUCUACGAGAACCUUCGGCAAAUACCCUUCAGUUCUUCAACGAUUCUCAUCGGUGGACAAAGCAGAGAGGUUACUGCGAAGCAAAACUCCUCUUGAUGUUGUUUAUUCGACAAUUAGCGACCUCUCUUGGUGGGGAAGAGGGAAGACCUGGGAAUUUUAAGAGCCCGAUUGUCCUGGCUUGUUGUCCUGGUCAAUGUAAGACAGAUCUAUUCAGAAACUUUCCAUCGAGCGCAAGGGCAUACAUUGAUGCAAUUGGUGCGAGGUCUGCUGAAGAGGGAUCCAGGACGCUAGUGUCUGGUUUGCUACAAGGUGAAAAAGCAAAUGGGAGGAUGUGGGUGAAUGACCAAUUUGAUGACUGGUCGCCGGGUUUGUCCGAAAAGGAAUGGGAGGCCCUGCAGCAACGAGUAUGGGUAGACUUGUUAGCUGCCUUAAGAGAGCACAGCACAGAUGUUUCACUUUAAUUAAGAGGGGCGAUGAUGAAAUACUCGAUAUUCCCCAUAAUGGGUUUCCCACAC